AUGGCUGAGAAUUCCGACGAGGAUCCGGAACCUGCAUGUCCGCCGCCGGCAUGGGCAGCAGAGAUCGUGGAUGCUGCCCGAGCUCGCACGGGGCAAGAUGUCUAUCCUCCAAGCGAUGACACCUUCCUGCUCUUAGAAGUGUUACAGGAGGAUGCACGAAAGCUACGAGCCUUGAAGCCGACAGUUUGUGUGGAACUGGGCUGUGGCUCUGGUGCGGUUAGUGUCGGCCUGUGGGACGUUCUGACUCGUGAAGGGUGCCCGAGCUUCAUGCUUGCCAUCGACAAAAACCCGGCAGCAGUAAUGUGCACAGCGAAACUUUUUCAGCAUUUCAAGCUUCCUCUGGCAGGCGUUGUGCGAGCAUCCAUGACACAAAGACUUUGUCAUGCAGAGGUCGACGUGGUGAUAUGCAAUCCCCCAUAUGUGCCGACGGAGGAGGACGAGAUGCAAGGUUUCGGGAUUUCAGUUUCCUGGGCCGGAGGGAAGCGUGGCCGCGAAGUCAUUGACAAGCUGAUGCCCACGGUCGCCAUGACAUUGGCUCCAGGUGGUCUGUUUUACCUUGUCUGUAUAACUGAGAACGACCCCGUCGAAAUUCUUGCAAUCGGACAGUCUCUGGGUCUUUCAGCACAGACAGCACGCCGAGAACAGCGUGGCAUGGAGGAGCUCUGGAUACUGCGGUUCCAAAGAGAGCAGACUUUGCCUCCGACCCUGUGCUCUGAGGAAAAGGAGCGAGCUGUGCAUAGCACUUUACAACGAUAA